UAAUUGGCGGGCAUUCCCCGUCCCAUUAGGGGUGGAUUCCCAUGGAGAUCGGAAAAUCUCUGCCCCAUUGCCAUCCCUAAAGGCAAUUAUUAAAUUCCGGAAAUUUAUUUUUUCAUUAUAUAAUAAGACACUGGUGUACAUUUUGGUCAAUAAAACCUUGAUUAAUUGAGCAAGUUCAUAGAAUAGAUUUGCUAAGAAAGAGUAGAAAAGAAACACAAAUCUUUGUUUUAGACAGAGAAAUGGAUGAUACUAUGGGUUCGAUUUUGAAGUGGCUGAAAUCUCCAUUUUCUAUAUUAGCAAUACCUAUACUCAUUCUCUUCUUACCUCUAAAUCUUCUUUUCAAACUACUUAGUCAUACUAGAGGAACUCUUUUCCCCGAAAAUGUUGCUGGAAAAGUUGUACUAAUCACCGGAGCUUCUUCAGGAAUCGGAGAGCACCUGGCUUAUGAGUAUGCGAAGAGAGGGGCGCGUUUAGGUCUUGCUGCAAGAAGAGUGGACCGUCUUCAAGAAGUUGCGACGAGAGCUCAGAAACUUGGAUCUCCUGAUGUUAUUGUCGUAUGUAUCGACGUUUCGAAGGUUGAAGACUGCAAGAGAUUUAUCGAUGAGGCUGUGAACCAUUUUGGCCAAGUGGAUCAUUUGGUUAAUAAUGCUGGGAUUUCUCGAAGUUCAAUGGUGGGAGAUAUUAACUACGUCUCUAAUUCUAAUUCUAUUAUGGACACAAAUUUCUUUGGCUCAGUACAUUGCACCCACUAUGCUAUACCAUAUCUCAAGAAAAGCAAAGGAAAAAUACUGGGCAUUGCAUCAAUUUUUGCUUACCAGCCAAUUCCACAACUUAGCUCCUACAAUGCAAGCAAGGCGGCGCUGGUAAGUUUUUACGAGACUUUAAGGGUUGAGUGCGGUUCGGAUAUUGGAAUAACAAUAGCGAUUCCUGGGCUGACUCACUCGGAAAUUGUAGCACCUCAAGUUAUAGCAGAGUUUGGAGCAGAAUCUUUUCCAAUUGAGUCAACGGAAGUAUGUGCUAAGAAAGUUGUGGAGGGUGUUUGUCGAGGUGACUUAUACUUGACAGUGCCGUUAGACAACAAAUUGUAUUUCUGGAUUAAAACACUUUACCCAGAAUUGUUAGAGCGGUUGUUACGGUGGAGAUUUAAAUAUACUCAAGGCUUUAACAAGGAUGCAUAGAAGCUGCAUUCAGGAUCUUCAAAUGGUCAACUCACAUUUUACACCACAAAUGCAAAAACACUAAUAAAAUGGUUGUAUACUUUAAAAUAUUUAAUUUUUUUUCAUAAUAGUGCAAAUACUUUAUUGCAUUGAAUAUUUAUUCUUCAUCUUAAUAGUGAGAGUGCAGUGCAGGAUAAGUAACCAGUCAAGACACCAAUUAUCUAGUUGCUAUUUUUCAUAUUUAAUAUGUUUAUCUUCGUUAAUUAUCAGCAGUUUUCUCGCCUCUCAUUCUUUUU